CGGCUUAGUUGACGCUGAUUAGCUAUUUGAGCUCUACGGAGUUCCCGCCAAAGUAGUCUGGCUGCGUUGUGUUUGCUCUCAACAAAGCCCUGUUUCUGAAAACAUACUUUCGUAAUAUUAUCAACGCCAUGGCUGAUAAAGAAGCUGCGUUUGAUGAUGCUGUGGAGGAGAGGGUGAUAAAUGAGGAGUACAAGAUUUGGAAGAAGAACACGCCCUUCCUCUAUGACCUGGUGAUGACCCACGCCCUGGAGUGGCCCAGCCUCACUGCACAGUGGCUGCCUGAUGUCACCAGACCUGAAGGGAAGGAUUUCAGCGUUCACAGGCUGGUUCUUGGCACACACACCUCAGAUGAACAGAAUCACCUGGUCAUCGCCAGCGUGCAACUGCCUAAUGAUGAUGCUCAGUUUGAUGCCUCUCACUACGACAGUGAGAAAGGUGAGUUUGGAGGCUUUGGCUCAGUCAGCGGUAAGAUAGAGAUUGAAAUCAAGAUCAACCAUGAGGGAGAGGUGAACAGAGCCCGCCACAUGCCCCAGAACCCCUGCAUUAUCGCCACCAAAACCCCAACCAGCGAUGUGCUUGUCUUUGACUACACCAAACAUCCCUCCAAACCAGAUCCAUCUGGAGAGUGCACACCAGAUCUGCGUUUGAGGGGACACCAGAAAGAGGGCUAUGGUCUCUCCUGGAACCCCAACCUGAGUGGCUGCCUCCUCAGCGCUUCUGAUGACCAUACUAUCUGUAUGUGGGACAUCAGUGCCGUUCCUAAGGAGGGGAAGGUUGUAGACGCUAAGACCAUCUUCACUGGACACACAGCCGUAGUGGAGGACGUCUCCUGGCAUCUACUGCAUGAGUCGCUCUUUGGAUCUGUAGCUGAUGACCAGAAACUCAUGAUUUGGGACACGCGAUCCAACAACACGUCCAAGCCUAGCCAUGCUGUGGACGCCCACACUGCCGAGGUCAACUGUCUGUCCUUCAACCCCUACAGCGAGUUCAUCCUGGCCUCGGGCUCAGCAGACAAGACUGUGGCUCUUUGGGACCUGAGGAACCUGAAACUGAAGCUGCAUUCGUUUGAGUCUCACAAAGAUGAGAUCUUCCAGGUCCAAUGGUCUCCUCAUAAUGAAACCAUCCUGGCCUCCAGUGGCACAGACAGACGACUCAACGUGUGGGACCUCAGUAAAAUCGGAGAGGAGCAGUCACCAGAGGAUGCUGAGGAUGGUCCACCUGAACUGCUGUUCAUUCACGGCGGUCACACGGCUAAGAUUUCAGACUUCUCGUGGAACCCCAAUGAGCCCUGGGUCAUCUGCUCUGUGUCUGAGGACAACAUCAUGCAAGUUUGGCAGAUGGCUGAGAACAUCUACAAUGAUGAGGACCCAGAGGGAGCAGCAGACACUGAGGUCCAGGCAUGAGUGACAUCUGUCAAUCACAUAACACCCCUCCCUUGAUCACAUCCUCAAAACACAUAAAUUGUUUAACUGGACACUACAACAUUCAAAUGUCUUAAAAAAAAAAUUGCACAACAGUGAGUUGUUUUUGGGGAAACAAAUUAAGUGCUUCUUUCACUGUCAUGGCAUCAAGGUUUUGCAUAUUUAUAUAAGAAAGGAUCCUACUGUUUGAUAUGUUUGACUACAGUUGAGUAGGCACCCAAUUGUUAUAGCAUUUUGGGGGAUUUGUUUCUUUCAUCUUAAAUUAUGCUCCUUGUGUUGGUUAUGUUCUUGGAAACAUGAGUCAUUAAAACACAUUUCCAGUUUCAUAAGAAAUUGUACAUAGAUUUUCAUUUUAUUCCCAUGACAUCUGAAUUGUAGAUAUCCGCUUUCGAGCUUUGUAUGUAUAUCAUCCCUAUGUGUCUUUUCUUUGUAUGCCACAUCUGCAUCGGAUUCCCAUGUUUUGUAAGUGUAUUCAUAAUAAAAAUGUAUUUACCGUA